AUGGCAUGCCAUGCCGGCAGCGAGAGUUUGACGAGGUCGCAGCGACAUUUUGACGAUAUAGGCAACUACGUUUUGUGUAGGUUUUUAUUUUUUCAGAGACUCUAAUUUUUGCUCAAUGAUUCUUGAAUUUUAGCUUCAUGGGUCGAAAGCCCAAUGUCCAACCAUGGGCACCAUAUAGCCGACGUCCCAACCCUUGGGCUAACCGAGUUUCUGCAGGUGGAGCUAACCGUACAGGGGCGAAGUCAAUUAUAAGGAAUAUUUCUCGCGACUCAGACAUUUGCGCCAAAGGUUUUUCUACCGGAGUAUUCGUCAUCAUUUUCACUCAGGAAAUCCACGUUUUCGACCAAGCUUGCCAAUAG